AUGGCUGCUUUUGAUACGGUUAUCUUCAUUUCGAUUCAAGUCAUUUUGUUAACAGUUGGAUCAACUCGAGUCGCAAAGCUCCUAUUCAAUGACUACAAAGCACCCUCGCCGAUGGCGCUCAAACAUCCGCUGUAUAUACCACAUCUGCUAUUUUCGCUGACACUCAGUAGCUCUUGCACUCUGUUUCUGCUUGUGUUUAGUGAAAUUAUCAACCUCUUCUCCAAUACAGCACGCUCACAGUAUUGGAAGCUGAAUCUCGACCUACUACUGCUGCUUGUCAUUGUCGCUAUACCUUGGUUUCAACUGUAUGCUUUCCUACAUACUACAAGAGGAUGGAAAUCAAAAUCAUCCAUGUAUCUGACAACUAGUCUCUGGAUUGUUUAUCUCUAUUUGUUCAGUCAGAUUGAGCAACACACAGCACUAGCAACGACAUCAUGGAUUGAACUCGGCAUUAUUCGUAUCAGUGUCAUUGGGAUCACUUUGAUCUCUGUAUUAUCUGGAUUUGGUGUGGUCAACACGCCAUUUACAACUUGGUCCUCAUACAAGAGACAUGUCAGCGAACAAGAUUUCAAAGUGGCAGAACACGCCUAUCAGCAGACAGAGGACAUGAUCCAAGGCAAAAGGGUCUUGUUGGAGAAAAUGCAGAGUCAAGAGGACGCAUCAGACAAGAAGAAGGCAUCUACAUCCGACGAUGGAUUUUUCGCGCGUAUGGUAUCAUCGAUAACAGGCUCUGACGACAAUGAAAUUAGGCUGCUGCAGACUGAAAUUGAGCAAUUGGAAGGGUUAGCUGUCAAUAUGAAAUCUGAUUUGGAUGAAUUGGAGCGUGGCAGGGCCAAAAGUAGAUUCUCGCAGACUUGGAAGGGACGCAUCUGGGGUGUAGUAGACAAAAUAUUCGCUAUAUACUGUAUCUAUAAACUGAUUGUGACGACGAUCAACGUAUUGCUGCAGCGCUCUGGCAGCUCUGAUCCCAUCACAAAAAUGCUAUCCGUAAUGAUGAGCCAUUUGGAUAGAAACAAUAUGGAUUUCAAGAUUGAUCCAGUGUUCUGGUCGCAACAGCUUAGCUUUUGGUUUGCAGGUAUCAUUGUGUUUGGAUCUGUAAGAGGGUUCCUGAAGCUUUUAACUCGAGUCCUUCAAGUGUUUAUGCUUAAAGUCACUUUUUCUGCAAGCAAUAUCUUGUUGUUUGUGGCUCAUAUGAUGGGCAUGUACUUUCUGAGUUCGGUGUUGAUGAUGCAGAUGAGCUUACCGCCAGAAUACAGAUAUUUGGUCUCGUCGUCACUGCAGUCUGUGGAGUUCGACUACUUUAAACGCUGGUCAGACAUUAUCUUUGUGGUUUCAUCGCUUAUAUCAGCCUUGGUUAUCUAUGUGAUAUAUAUCACGCAUGAUGCAAAAAGUAUGGCCACUGAUUUCGCAGAUAUUGAGCUGAUGUCUGCAGAGAAUGGUCGAUAUGAAUAA